AUGGGCAGGGACACCUUCCACUACUUCUCCAAGGACCUCCAGCUUACUGAGCAGACUUCAGAAGCUGCCCCUUUGUGCCUCCUGUCCUACCCAAAUUGCUCCAGUCCCUUGUCCUUCAUCCCGACAGGCAUCCCUGGGCUGGAGGAUGCUCAGUUCUGGAUUGCCAUCCCCUUCUGCACCAUGUACUCCGUGACAGUGCUGGGGAACGUCACACUCCUCCUGGUGAUCAAGAUGGACCCAAGCCUGCACUCGCCCAUGUUUCACCUCCUCUCCAUGCUGGCUGCCCUUGACCUCGUGCUCACCAUGCCCAAGCUCCUGAGCAUCUUAUGGUUCUGCUCCCAGGAGAUCCGCUUUGGGGGCUGGGUGGCUCAGAUGUUCUUCACCCACGCCUUCACCACUGUGGAGUCAGGGGUCCUGCUCAUCAUGGCCUUUGACCAAUACUUGGCCAUUUGCAAGCCCCUGCGCUACUCUGCCAUCCUGACCAGCCCCACCAUUGCCAAGCUGGGUUUGGCUGCUGCUAGGAUCCCUGCCCACCUCCACAUCCUGAUGGCUGACCUCUACCUGCUGGUGCCUCCCAUGGUCAACCCACUCAUCUAUGGGACGAGGACCAAGCAGAUCUGA